CCGCGCGGCUCAGGGAGAGGAAUGUGCGCACUGAGGCUGGAGCUGAAUGUGAGUGUGACAGGAUGGCAGAGGAAAAGCGCCAGAGUCCUGGAAUUAGGAUCUGCACCGUUAUUCAAAGUCAGAUUGCGACUUACAACACACGGACCCCGCAGCGCACCGGAGCCGCAGUCCAUCAUGUUUGCUGAUACGCGACCGGAACUUUAUGACAAAUCAAAAUGCAUUUUUCUAUGAAAUACUCCGGGAAAAAGUAUGGACAACAGCUGCUUUGAGGACUCGUAAUUGCGUUGCGCUCAAAAGCACAAGAGUAGCAACUUAACUUUCCUCCAGAAAGGCGACAGAGUGACAUUUCUGCGCGCCGCUCGUUUGCGCGUCACAUUCGUAAAGUGCUACAAAAUUCUUCAGUUUCAUUUGGGACAUGGAGGAAAGAAAAUGCAUGAUGGAAUUAUGACAUGAUGGAUGUAUAUUGCACCAGUGACAGGAGUACUGUCAUUUUUUAACACAAGUGAGUGUUGCAGUCUACCGUGGUGAUCUAUCCAUUCAUACUUGGAAAGGAGUAACUUGUCUUUAUGAUACUUUAAGUUAUUAUCACCCAGAAAAGAUUGUGCCCUGAUGUCAUGGGCUGACCUGGGACCGCACAGUUGAUAGUGUGGGGGACAAUGUCGGGACCCUGCGUCCGCAUCCCGUUUUGGGUUCGUGUGUUUCUCCUUCUGCUGCUUCAUAGAGCCUCUGCGGGCUGUCCGGAGCUCCUUUCCAGCGGCUGCAGCUGCGCGGAGGACCGCGGUAAAGCUCACUCUGUGCCCGGAGCGCGGAGGAAAGUGAGCUGCGGUGGGAAGGAGCUGACUGAAACGCCCGAAGUCAGUCUGCUCCCCAACAGGACCGUCUCUCUAAAUCUGAGCAACAAUCGUAUCCGUGUCCUGAAAAAUGGCUCCUUCACCGGCUUGUACUCCCUCGAGAAGCUGGAUCUCAGGAAUAACUUAAUCAGCACCAUCAUGCCUGGAGCCUUUCUGGGUCUCACAGCUCUUCGAAAACUUGACCUAUCCAGUAACCGAAUUGGCUGCCUGACUUCAGAAAUGUUCCAGGGACUUACCAACCUCACUAAAUUAAACAUCUCUGGAAACAUCUUUUCCUCUUUGGACCCAAAUGUGUUUAUGGAGUUACACUCUCUAAAGCUAGUAAACUUUCAUUCUGAGUUCCUGUCAUGUGAUUGCGGUCUGCGCUGGGUCCCAGGCUUUCUCCACAGCAGUUCCGCUCGGCUUGGGGAUGAAACAAUCUGUGCAUAUCCCAGAAGGCUUCAGAACAAACCCUUACGUCUCCUUAGAGAGAGUGACCUCAGCUGUGAGGGUCCGUUGGAGCUGCACACGCUGUCUCUGUUACCCUCGCUACGGCAGGUCGUGUUUAAAGGGGACAGGCUGCCUUUUCAUUGCACUGCUUCCCUGGUUGACAAAAUCACUACCCUUCACUGGCGACACAAUGGCCAGCCUGUCACCAGUGACCCCGUGAAUGAGGUCCUUUUGGAAGAGAGUGUACAACAUGACUGCACCUUCAUCACCAGUGAGCUGAUCCUGUCAAAUGUCCACGUUGAGGCGAGUGGUGAGUGGGAGUGUGUGGUGUCUACGGGCCGCGGGAACACCUCGCGCAGUGUGGAGAUAGUGGUGCUGGAGAACAGCGCCUCCUUCUGUCCGGAGCAGAGAGUGACCAACAACCGAGGGGAGUUCAGGUGGCCUAGAACUCUAGCUGGCAUCACUUCCUACCAGUACUGUCUGCAGCUGCGUUACCCCUCCUUGAGUAUAGGGGGUGGUGUGGAGCAGAAGACCUCACGUAAUUGUGACCGCUCUGGACGCUGGGAGGAGGGAGACUACUCUCAGUGCCUCUAUACGAAUGACAUCACACGGGUCCUGCAUACGUUCAUACUGAUGCCCAUCAACGCCUCCAACGCAGUGACUCUGGCACACCAGGUGCGAUCAUACACGCUGGAGGCCGCCGGUUUCACUGACACGGUGGAUGUUCUUUAUGUGGCUCAGAUGAUGCACAAAUUCAUGGACUAUGUAACAGAACUGCGUGAGCUGUCCGAGGUGCUGGUUGAAAUGGGCAGUAACCUGAUGCAGGUAGAUGAUCAGAUCCUGGCUCGGGCCCAGAGAGAGGAAAGAGCCUGCAGUUCAGUCGUCCACACUCUGGAGACUCUCGCCUGGCCUCAGCUGCACUCUCACGCACAGGACCUUUCCAAAAAUUCUCGUAACAUUGUGAUGGAGGCUCACAUGAUUCGCCCUGCUCAUUUUACUGGCAUGAGCUGCACGGUCUAUCAGAGACGAGAGGGGGCAGGAGGGAGCCAGUUGCAUGAUGGGAUUGAAUUUUCCCUUGAGCAGCAACUGCGUUUUCGCUGCACCACAGGAACACAUAACACCUCGCUGAACGCUUUCCAUCUCAAGAAUGCAGUGGCUCUUGCUUCAGUGUCUCUCCCUGCGUCUCUUUUUCCGCCGAAUGCUCCUCCUGACUGUAAGCUGCAGUUUGUGGCUUUCCGCAAUGGAAGAUUCUUCCCAUAUACCAGCAAUUUUACCGGACCUUCGGACCUUGCCCGCAGACGUGGCGUCAACACUCCAGUUAUCUAUGUUGGCCUUGAUGGAUGCAGCAUGUGGAAUCAGUCCGAUCCCAUUAUUGUGUCACUACGACACAUGUCACCUGGAAAUUACCCUGUUGCUGCCCAUUGGAGCUUGCAGGCACUGGAGCAUCAUGGGAGUUGGAGUCUAGAUGGCUGUCAGCUGGCCCAUAGCGAUGCAUCCACCUCUACACUGCGCUGCUCUGUGCUGAGCAAUUACGCUGUACUACAGGAGAUGCCAGAUUUCCCAGGUUCACCUUCAGUUCCAGUGGAAGUGCUCCAUCCAGUGAUCUACACCUGCACUGCAGUGCUGCUCCUCUGUCUCUUCACUAUCAUCAUCACCUAUAUACUGCAUCACAGCUCUGUCAGAAUCACGAGGAAGAGUUGGCACACCCUUCUGAACACUAGUUUCCACAUCGCAAUGACGUCUGCAGUAUUUGCUGGAGGCAUCACUCUGACCGGCUACCCAAUUGUAUGCCAGGCAGUGGGGAUUGUCCUUCACUACUCUUCUCUGUCCACUUUGUUAUGGAUCGGUGUUAGCGCCAGGGUAAUAUAUAAAGAAGCUUUAUUGAGGACUCCACAACAACUAGAAGGCGAGACUGCGGUACAACCAACCCAGCGGCCCAUGCUCAGGUUUUAUUUGAUAGCCGGCGGUGUCCCACUCAUCAUAUGUGGUAUCACUGCAGCUGUAAACAUCAAUAACUAUGGAGACAACAUUCCUUACUGCUGGUUGGUAUGGCAACCCAGUUUCGGAGCUUUCUACAUUCCAGCUGGAUUGAUCAUUCUGGUGACCUGGAUCUACUUCCUGUGCACUGCUUUCUGCCUGAGGCACCAAAACUUCGAGGAGUCCAAAGAUCCUCCUUGUUCCGCCUCUGACCCCUCAACCUUACCAGAGAGUCAACCAGCACUCAGUGGCAGCACCAGUCUUCUCUCAACGGACUCUGUUGUGGGCCCAGUGCAUGCUGGGACAACAGUGGAGGACCAGUACUCAUUAAAGGUCCAGUGUUUGGCGCUGGUGGCGACACAGUUUGUGUUUGUGGGGCUGUGGUGCUGCGGCGCUAUGGCCGUUUGGCACGUGGAUAGAGAGCGGAAACUCUUCAGCUGCCUGUAUGGAGGAACGGCUACUGGAUUAGGGAUCUUCUUGGUGCUUCAUCACUGUUUCAAGCGUUUGGAUGUCCAGGCAGCGUGGCUAGGGUGUUGCCCCGGGUACCAUCGCUCUCAACCCAUGCCAGCCUAUUCCCAUCCCUGCACUGCCACUGUAGGUGUACAGAGUGUCUCGGAAAGGGGCUCCCAAAUUUUUGUAGGAUGCCACCCACCGACGGACCCCAACAAUUACUCUUCUUCUGCCAGGUCAUCAUCUACUCAAAGUGGAACAACGAGCAUUGCCGCUGGGCCUUGCAAACUCACCAACCUCCUCCAAGUGACGCAAGACAAUGCGAACAACGCCACCCGGGCACCGACGGGAACUAAUACCAACACAAGCACAAGCACAGAGAACAACAAGCCGGCCAACAAUCUGCUGCCCAGUCUACUGCCUGUCCAGCAACCUCAAAGGAGGAAGGCUUGUAGUAGAACCAAGGGUGGCAAUACCCAGUACCAUCACAGAGGGGACCCUAGAGGGCAUUACCGCCUCAAAGCUCUCAGAGCAGGGGGAGGAGGUAGCAUGGGUGCUUUGGGACCCUCUGGGACAGAACAAUCAAACAUCCACCUCCUACACAAACAUGCUUCCAGCGAGAAUGGAAGUAUACGGAAUAGCCACUCAGAGAGCCAGAACGGCCUUCUGACCAAUGGACGGCACAGAGGGGAGGGACUAGUGACGAGCCCUUCGGAAGGUAGUGAUGGAGGUAGUAGUGGAAGUAGAAAACCUUUUCCACUGUUGCCUUCUAUGGCAAGUAGGGCCGCCAUGCAGCAGAAUGCUCAACGCCGUAGCGCUAGCAAAGACAAUCUUAAAUUGGCUGCCGCAGCUGAGAGAGAGUCGAAGCGAAGCUCGUUCCCACUAAACGUGACAUCAAAUGUCACUGCCACGGCCUCGUUGUCGACAGUUUCAGCACCAAAUGGAACACUAAAGGGAUCCGUGGUGGAACUGGACACUAGCGGAACUGACCAAUCACAGGGUUCGGUUGGUAUGAAGAGCAGGGUAUGGAAGAGCGAGACAACUGUAUAAUAAUGAGCUGCGGUUAGAGUUGAAAGACUUGAAGGUUUCUUGAAGGUGUGUACCUGUAUGCUAAGAGCCAAAGCAUGGAUUUCUUUCUUCACAGCCCUGCUGAAUAAACUAGCUUAAACCAGUCUACGAUGGUUUGCUGGUCUUAGUUGGUCUAUUUGCUGGUUUUAGAGGAGUUUUGGACACUUUUCCACCCAACUACACACCAGCUUAGCCAGGCUGGGAGACCAGCUAAACCAGCUUAGCAGUGUUGUAUAACUCAAGAGUCUGCAUCCAUGUUUUCAUAUGGUCUUGACUUGGAUCAGCUGGUCUCGAGUACUACAACAUUCCGACAUAUCUGCACAAGGUCCGUGUGACACUGAUGCAAAACCAGGCUUCAUUCACCCCAAUGACGCAUAUAUACACUGUUUGAAUUUGAAUGGUUCAGACUGGGGUGUCCAGACUCGGUCCUGGAGGGCCACUUUCCUGCAGAGUUUUGCUCCAACCAGCUCCAAAACACCUGUCUGUAAGUUUCUAGUAUGCCUAGUUAGACCUUGAUUAGCUGGUUCAGGUGUAUUUAAUUAGGGUUGGAGCUAAACUCUGCAGGACAGUGGCCCUCCAGGACCGAGUUUGGACAACCCUGGUUCAGACCUUCCUCAGGUCUCUGUCUCGGACAGUCUCGUCCAGUCACGAGUUCUACAACACUGCAGCUUAAGCUGGUUCAAAUUAGUUUUUUCAGCAGUGUAGAGAACCAUUUGGCUCCUUCAAUAAUUAAUCACCUAUAUUUGAAAGUUUCAAAAGUGUUCUGUGGUCUUGGAACCGUCCAACAUGCAAAAAGCAAAUGCUAAGCAUGCUAAUAAGGAGAGGUUAUAUGAAGAGUUAUAUACGAAGAAAGAGAAGGGGUUUGUAUGCAAAACCUGACUCCUCUAAAAAGAGAUUGGUGGAGGAGUUAGUGUGACAAAAUAUGCAAAAUCGUUUGGUGUGCUUUUGUUUGCUUGUAAUGCCACUUAAUCUAACAAACUGUUUGAACGCAAUGAAUAUUUUAAUAUUAAAUAUGCCAAGGGAUAUGAACCUAAAGUUCAGCUGUUUUGAUCUUUAUGUUUCUGACUAUGCAUAUCGAUCAGGAUGGAGGACCAUCUGCUUGUUCCCUAAAUUUUUCUUGUUCAGUCCUGUUGUGUCUUUGUCUGUUUUAUUUUUAUAAACGUUUUUUUCAUGAUAUUUCAUUUACAUGUCUGUAAGAAUGUACAUUAAGUGUUACGUAUGUAUUGUUUGACCAUUACAGUAUUAAUUCAAGUCUCUGGCACUAAAAUAAGCAGCUCUUGGCAUCAGUCCGACACAAAUAUAGAAAACGAACGCUUGCCACAGAUGAGCAUCCAUCCCUAACAAUUCCAUCCAAUGUUACUUUGUAAAUUGUCAUUCUUGUUCUUCUGAUGUUCUUCAGCAGGAAGUGAGCUAUUGUAUUCCCUUUUUUUAGAAAAUAGGAACUGUUUGGAAAAUGUUGCUUCAUAGUGCCCUCUAUUGGGUCAUUUCUGCCAUUGAUCAAAUGCACUGAUAAUGAAUGUUGUUGAUGGACAAAUUGUGUAAAAAAAAAAAAAAAAAAAGAGAGAGCUUCUUUGGAUUUCACUCGGAGUUACUAAGGGAUUUGAUAAGGAAUGGCAAGUGGUUUGUUCAUAAAUGUUCUGUUGUAGCACCAUGUGUAACAUGGGCUUUUUAGCACUUGGUUCAGGAGAUAGCAUUUGACAUUCUUAUAAUUAAUAACAUAUUUAUAUUAUACAUAUCAGUAUUAAUGUUUUGGACGUAAUUGUUAUUGUCAUUAUGCAAUUUUGCGAUAUCAGUAUUUUACAGAGAAUUGGUGGUUUUAUAAACUCUGUUUUUAGUCUAAAAGCACACUAUCACAUCAUGUCCAGCACACUAUCACAUCAUGUCCAACACACUUUUUUAAUAACACUUUUGUUCAUUUCCAAGAAUUGUUUAUCCCACAAAAUGUUUAGCAACAAGGAUUACUAAUCUUUUAGGAAUCGUUAGUACUCCCUCUAACGAUAUGCAAAGAUCUGUUGUCGGAUAGCAAGGAAUUUGUGAUAAAAAAUUAUUUAAAAAGAUGUUUUGUUUUUCAACAGUGUUUUUCUCAUGAAAGCAAAGAAUGGACAAUCCCAACAAAAAAGCCAAAGGGAAUUUCAGAUCUUCGCACUGACUGUUUUUUUUUUUUUUCCAAGGCCCACAAGCUACCAGAAUCUGACUGCAGUGUCAUUAUUUUUAGAUUUCUCACAUGAUGACAAAGUCACAAGCAAAACACAUUACCUGUCUUAUAGCUUACACUUUGAUUAAAGUAAAAUGAAUAAGUUUAAAGUGUAUUCAGGGAUGUUUGUAUGCCAAAGAAGCUCAAAGUUUAACCUUUAAAGAUGAUCUUAUUUGAUAUUGUGUAGCCUCCCAUUUGUCUUUUACCCUUCAAGCCAGAAAUCUGCUUUACAACUGAUAAAUAUUUAAAGACCACAUAUUGCUAAAGAACAAGUCCUCCAUUUUCCCCAAAUCAUAAAGCAUUUAACGACAUGAUGAUUUGUGAUUAAUGUAGGUUAAAUGUUGAUUAUGAAGGCUUAUAUAUAGUGAUCACCAUGUCAUUAUUACACAUUUUAUGUGCUAUGAUUUCAAUAGUUUUGGGUGCAAAGUGUCAACAACAAAAAACAAUAAUACAUGAAAUCUGUGGCCUACUCAAAGUUUGCCAAUGUGUAUGUAAUAUGUGUUUUCUCUUAAAAACGAAGGAAAUUUACAUUUUAAAUGGCUUGUUUGUGCAUAAUGGUUUCAUGGGACAUUGUGAUAUUUGCAUGAACAAUUUUCUUUGCCUCUGGGUAGGCCUAGCUUCUGAGGGUCAGUAUAAAUUCAGUGUUAUCCUAAUUAUUAUUGAAAUUAUUAAAAUCUCCCUUUUAAUCUUCGUGAUUACAAUCAAAAUAUUAUUGUUGGCUAUCAUCUCGGUUUAAAAGGGAGAUUUCAAUAAUAUCAUAAGUAUUUAUAUUUUUGUCACUCACUUCAAUAUGAAAAUGAUAACAUUUUUGUAUCGAUUUCAGUAAUAUAUUUCCUAUAGAUGUUAAGAUUGUGCCUUAUCAAUGACCUGAUGCAAAAUAAAGGUUUGGAAAAAAAUGCCAUAAAAUCAAA